AUGGAUAGGUUGAAAAAAUAUUCGACGAGCGAAGCGAAAACUUUGCAAUACAUAUACGAAUUCUUAUUGUCCAAUAACAUGACGAAGACUUCGGCUUGUUUCAUCGAAGAAUGCCACAAAUUGAAUAUGCCAUCGCCGUCUGUCAAAUCGACCAAAACUUGCAAUAACAAUCCAGUCCAUCUAUCGAAGGAUCGAGCUGCGACCAUUAUACAGUCUUUUAAAUCUGCGUCCAGGUCGACGUUUAUGAAGACUUGGGGUGACUUACCCGACGAGAUAAAACAGAUCGACGAGUAUCGAAAACUGACUUUUUAUCUUCACGUCUACUACACCAUACUGGAAUGUAAAAAACGUGUCAACAAAUCGGAAAACUGCAGUGACGACAAAAGCGACGAAAACAACGAAAGUUCUAUGGGCGCUUUUCGUACUUUCCUGCUCCAGAGAGGUGCUGAGUUCAGUACUGAAAACGAAUUUUUACCGUAUUUUGCACUGCCAUACGUGUUCGAACCGAUGCAACACCCUUCGUUUAAAAAUUUGUUUAAAGAAAAUCGAUGGUGUGAUUCUCUAAACAAAAGAUUGGAGGACUUUAUUUUGGACAUCGCUAUUAGCACGUCGGUGACAUUAGUGCCCAGCAAAGAUGCGGGAAAGCGAAAAUUGACGAAAAAAAAAUUUAAAACGCUGUACAAGGAAUACAAACCUCUAAAUGCUUUGGCAGCCGAACUUUUGAACGCUUUGGAAAAUUCGAUUCGGGGACAAUCGAUUAAUUUGGAAAUUAUUUUAAAAAACUGUAAUGCUGUGGUGGAAAACAACGACGACAAUGAACAAAAUUUAGAAAUUGUUGACGACCAAUUCGAUUUGUCCAUUUUUAAAAUCAAACUCGAACUCCGGGAUGGUAACAGUACCAAGAACAAAUUACUUAUCCUACAAGCCUUACGUUGGAGGUUGACAAAAUCGGAAAACAGAACCGACACAGUAGUGAUGAUAAAAAAAUACGAUCUAUUGGACUUGUGCAAGCCCAAAGCCGAACAAGGACUCAUGAAAUGGCUGAUGAUGACAAACGGACCACAUCCGCUACAACAAAUGAUAUCGAGACUGCUGAAUGCUCUGGCGUCAUUCAACAGGGGCCGCAAGUAUUUGGCGGACUCUCCAUUUUUACUCCGUCUAAUCAUUACUCAGCUCAUAUCGUCGCAACACUUUUGGGACACGAUCACGAGCAACAUGUUGUUGGGAACUUUACAGAAGCUCAGUAUGGGAUCGCGAGUGCGAAAACGGAUGAUCGGAAACGGUCUGACCACUUGGCUGGCCGACCAGCUGGUUCGGAAAAGCGAAUUCACCGGUGAUCGGAACAAAUACGAGAUGUACGAUCUGGAAUAUAGUCUGGGGCUGUUCAUGAACCUCUGCCAAUGCCAGACGGCCGUCCGGGCUUGUGGCUCACGUGCCCGAAACCUGUUCAAAAGCUUGGGAGUUUUCAUGACGACGUUAGACGUGGAUAUCAUGCCAUGCAUAUCCGGUAUCUUGUACAAUAUGUUCAAAAGCCAGGAGAUGAUGGUCGUGGCCAAAGAAGAAGGGAUGACCGGCAUCAUCGAAAAAACGAUCGAGAGCAACAUCAACGCGUACCCUUCGGCGGUCGAGCGGUUAGUGGAUGUGAGGAACAUGUUGUUACAAAAUGAGCAUCCGGCUUUCGAUCAGUCGUCAUCGGAUGACGAAUAUGAUUAUUUCAACGAUGACAGUGGUGACGAUGAGGAUGACAGCAGUAAUUCCGACGAAGAUGACGUACAUAUUAAUUUUAUACAUUUAUAA